UAUCCAUACUAAGGAAGAGGGAGAGAUAGGCACACAAGAAAGAGCGAAUGGCGUCCAUUUGUGCUCCAACAAGAGCACUCAUCUUCACCCAUUCAACCAAACGCUUCUUCCCUUCCUUCAAACCCUUUUCUCUCCAAUGCGCCACAAAGACAACCUUCAUCCUCCAACAACCUCGUCACAACAACAACAACAACAACAACGUCAUCCAAAUCCUUCAACAACGAGGCCUCCUCGACUCCCUCACCAGCGACGCGCUCCGGAGCGCGUGCUCGACACCUCUCCGCGUCUACUGCGGCUUCGACCCCACUGCCGAGUCCCUCCACCUUGGCAACCUCCUCGCCCUCGUCGUCCUCUCCUGGUUCCGCCGCUGCGGCCACCGCGCCGUCGCCUUGAUCGGCGGCGCUACCGCCCGCGUCGGCGAUCCAUCCGGGAAAUCCCUCGAAAGGCCCGAACUUGACGCCGACUCCUUGGAAAAGAACACAUUGGGUAUUUCCAACACCAUCGAACGGAUUCUGGGUGGCGCUCAAAAUCCUAACUUGGUGGGUCCUGAUUCCUCUGUUGUGAUUCUCAAUAACUAUGAUUGGUGGAAGGAGUUUAGUUUGUUGGAUUUUUUGAAGAGGGUGGGUAAGUAUGCUAGGGUAGGGUCAAUGAUGGCUAAGGAGAGUGUGAGGAAGAGGUUGGAAUCAGAGCAAGGAAUGAGUUACACUGAGUUCACUUAUCAAUUGUUACAGGGUUAUGAUUUCUUGCACUUGUUUCAGAAUGAGGGUGUUAGUGUUCAGAUUGGGGGGAGUGAUCAAUGGGGUAAUAUAACUGCUGGGACUGAGUUGAUUAGGAAGAUUUUGCAGGUGGAGGGUGCUUAUGGUUUGACAUUCCCUCUUCUUUUGAAGAGUGAUGGCACAAAGUUUGGUAAGUCCGAGGAUGGUGCCAUUUGGUUGUCUCCAACGUUGUUGUCUCCCUAUAAGUUUUACCAGUAUUUUUUUAGUGUUCCUGAUGCUGAUGUGAUUAGGUUUAUGAAGAUUCUAACAUUUUUGGACAUUGAGGAAAUUGUUGCCUUGGAGGGGGAGAUGGGGAGACCUGGCUAUGUGCCUAACACCGCUCAGCGGAGGCUUGCUGAGGAAGUUACUCGGUUUGUUCAUGGAGAGGAUGGUUUGGCUGAGGCUCUCAAGGCCACGGAGGCUAUGAGGCCGGGGUCCGAGACUAAGUUGGACUGGAAAACCAUUGAGGGGAUUGCUGAGGGUUUGCCCUCCUGUUCUUUGGCUUAUGAUGAGGUUUUGAAUCUGUCCCUGGUGGAUCUUUCGGUGUCUUCUGGUUUGUUCGAGAGUAAAUCGGCUGCAAGGCGGUUGUUGAAGCAAGGAGGGCUUUACUUGAAUAACAGCAGAGUGGAUAGUGAAAGUAAGAGGAUUGAGGCUGCAGAUAUAGUGGAUGGGAAAGUUUUGCUGUUAUCAGCAGGCAAAAAGAAUAAGAAUGAACAGGUUAAAAUAUAUCUUAAGCAAAGGCUUCUAUAUUUUCACAGCAUCUAGGAUAUUGAUAAAAGUUGAUGAUGUAAGAUCAUUUGAUUACAAAGAAAUGGCCUUGGCUACAAACAAAUUUAACGAGU